UGUAUUCGAAAAGCCUCUUCUGCGAACUGGUUUCCCUUUUAGGAAAGACAGCGUUAUGGCCGGGGUCUACAGAGGAAAAAUCAGUAUGGGGUGUGCGUUGUGCCGCAAACGACGGCUGCGAUGCGACCGACGUCAGCCAUCUUGCUCACAGUGUCUGCGAGUGAAACAAGAGUGUUUCGGAUAUCGAGAUCCGGAUACCCUGAGGGUCUAUGAUCAGAGCGCAGAAGUUGUCUCCAAGGCUCGAGCCCGAUAUAGUGGUGGUCCCACCCAACGGUCGCCUGCGCCCCCCCUCAUCUACUCCCCCAUCUCCGAUGACCAGCGAGCCCUGUCUUAUAUCAUCCCAUACUAUAUUGGCACGGACCAACACCGGGGCUUACUUUUGUUUCUGCCAAGCCUGUUGGAGAAUGACCCCUCUCCUGCGUUAACAGCCUCCGCCAAGGCUAUAGGUCUGUUAGGCAUGACGAGGAUGCCGCACGUGGAACAUCGAGCCAGAAAAGAAUAUAGUAUUGCCUUGUGUGCUACAAAUAGUGCUUUAAGAGAUCCGACAACAGCAACUUCCGAUUCCACUCUGGGCGCCGUGUUAUUGCUGAGCUUGUAUGAGCUGAUCACAUCACGACCCACGGAAAUGGGCAGUGGCUGGAAGGAUCAUGCUCAAGGAGCAGCCAAGCUCCUGGAACUGCGAGGGGAAGAGCAGUUGAACUCGCCUGUUGGGCUAGAGUUAUUCACCAUUGUGCGCUUUCAAAACGUAAUCAGCAGUGUCUUCUUCCGACUUGGGUCACGGAUUCACAAUUCCCCCACGAUUGCAGCACUGUCUCAAGUCGCAACAUCUAAAAGAAAUGAACAUACCCGGCCAAUCGAAACCCUCUACAACAUGCUCAUUGAGCUAAACGAUAUAGCAAUCGAAGUUGACGAGGCACACCUCCAAAGUGACCUCGAGAAGCAACAGGUGCUAAUUGAGAGAUCCCUUCUCCUUGAUGCGCGUCUACAGGCGUGGACGACAUCGCUGAGUCCAGCGUGGUCUUAUCAAGUCAUCGAUGACCCGCGUUCUCAUUUACCCAAAGCCACCUAUCCUCCGAUCUAUGAUAACAGAUAUCAUAUGUACCACGGGGUCUCCCUCGCCACCAUGUGGAAUAACUAUCGCCAGACGCGCAUCGUUCUCAAUGAGAUGAUUAAGAUGAUGGCCCUGCGUCGGUGGAAGUUACAAAAUCUUCCCCAGUAUCAGCACAUCAUAUAUCAAUCUACUGGCAUUAUUGAGCACAUGGCAGAUGAUAUUUGUGACAGUAUCCCCUAUUACUUCAUCUCCGGCGAAGUAGGCUUUGGAAGCAUAUACCGGGCGCUGUGGCCGCUAUUCAUUGCAGGCCGAUGCGCAGCCACAGAAUCUCCGGCGAAAAAAUGGGCUGUGCAAAUCCUCGACCUCAUUGGAAACAUUACGGGGAUUCAGCAGGCGAUCGGCAUGUCGCAGCUCCUCAAGCAGGGGAAACCAGCCAGCGUGAUUCCUGGAGGGGAUCUGGUGACUGAGUCGAUCUUUAACCAGGCAGCCAGGUUGUCUCCUGGUGGUGACUAAAGAAUAAUUAUGGAAUAUAUACGCUCAAGAAGAAUAUUUAAUACUACG